AUGGAUAGUGAAUCCUUUCAUCAACAAAUUGACGGAACGUUAAGGAAUGAACAAGAGGAUGGAAAAGGGAAAGGUGUAGAGAACCGGGAGGAGGAUCAGAUAGAAGGUACGAGUGGAGCAAGAGAGGAAAAGGUAGAAGAAGAAGGCGGUGAUGAUAUUCUGGAAGGCGGAAAUCACGGACAAGAUGAAGGGAAGGACACGACUAACGUCAACGACCAACAGCAAGAACAACCGACUACUCGCCAGUCUACACGAAGCAAAGCCCCCCCAAAACCGUUUCCACCUCCAGCACCCCCAACAGUUAGCAAAGCGAAAACUAUUGCACCAAUCAGGAUCAAGAGAUUAAAGCAAGCGGAGAAGAUAGUGCAAGAUCAACCUACAGACUCUAGUCAGAAGAAAAGGAAGACCGGACCAACAAACCAACCCAACCAACAGGCCUUCGACAACCCACCAGCCCCACCAGUCAAAUCGAAUCAACAACCUGUCGGACAAAUCAUCAAUGAACUGUCAGAAGAGGAAUCGGAAGACGAGGAUGUACAACGUAGAGGUCUAUGGGAGGGUACAAACAGAGAAGAGAACCGCCAAAUGAUUAGGACGGUUGGCGGAAUAGUCCUAGGAGAAGCUGAUGAAGUCGAAGCAGUCGAAAGAGACCAAAGCAAAGCCGAUAACCCAACGGUUGACAGUGUAACCCAACGGCUCGAAGAACAAAUCACUGCUGCGUUCGAGAGACACGAUAGAGUCGCUUACAACAAAUUCACCGAAGAGAAGAGAGCUUGGAUUGAAUUCAAAUCUAAGGACAAACCUACCGCAACGACUGAACCAUCGGCGAAGACGGUACUGCAAUGGCGGAUAUUAGUGUUCGCAACCCAGCAAUCCAACGAAUCGCCGAACAAGACACGAUUCGUUAUAACGACGACAUGUUCCUUGAUAAUCCUUAUGCCUUAA